ACCACAGACAGCGCUUCUCCGAUUCUUAGUCUUGAGUGAGCACUCUCACUGUCCAAGGGGAGCUUUGGAGAACUUGCGCGCUCUCCUGGUUGGUGAUCUUUCCUUUCUGCUCACUCGUAAGCUCCGUAAGCAGGUGUUGCAGAAUGAUGCGACCCAAAGAUUUACGGCAGGGCUCCGGCACUAAGACCUUCCUCGAUGCCAUGCACGGUGGCAAAGUUCACCUUGCGCGCUUCAUUUUGGACGCCCUGGACGGACGAAUCGUCAACUCAAAGACAGAAAACAGUCGCACGCCACUAAUUUAUGCCGUGUGUCUCCAAGAAGCCGGGACGAGAGCCAAGUUCGCCCGGCUCCUGCUGGAGAAAGGGGCCGAUGUCAACUGCCAGGAUGAAGAGGGUCGCACAGCUCUGAGUCACGCCUGUGAGUUGGGUAACUUAGACGUGGUCAAGAUUCUCGUGCAGUUCAAUGCCGAUCCAGACAUCUGUGAUGUUUGGGGAAACAGUGCUCUAAUGUACGCUGCCUUUUCUGGGCACAGUCAGGUGCUUGAGUUUCUGGUCCGGGCUUUCAAAAGACUUGGGCUGAGACUGGACAGAAUGAAUAACGCCGGACAUACAGCCAUCGAGGUGGCCGACUUCUUUGGACACAACCAGUGUGUGCAGAUUCUAAACUUGCAGUACAGACGGAGUGUGGGCACUGAUGAUUCGCUUGCUGAUCCAGGAAAUGUCAGUGAUGGAGAGUUGCCCAACAGACUACCUAGGCAUGUCCUGGAAAGGUUUUCCAAACAGAUGAACAGCAAAGAAGAGCAACUACCAGGGGUAUUUCAGAAGCAGAUGAAUAUCCAGGAAGGCAACAGGCCGUGGAACCGCUUCACUUGUCCCAGAAAGCAGAGCCAUGAACAGAACCAUCGCCACAAGAGGUCUCUGCCAACUCAGAAAGGCCAAACUGAGGGGCACCAGAAUAUUUUCUUCACGGCCAAACAACUCCAAAACUGCCAACUUCAUGAUCCAAGAGGGACGAGGACACUCGACUCGCCAAUGGAGACAACCGCAAAAGAAGUCAAAGAAGAAACUGGACCCCGAGAGAAAGCAUCACAAACGUUUCCUCCCUGCGGGAAAGCAAAGUCAUUCAACCAGGAGCUUUUGAGCAUCAGAAAGCAAUCUUACCAAGGAGAUGAGCACGAUUUGAGCCUGUCAGCCAGCAAAUUCAAGAGAGCCUCUCUGCAGGAUGACCGAUGUCUCCUGGACAAGAUGGAAUGUCAAGGGAACCCUCGGGUCCUGACAAAUGAUGUUGAGAAAACAGUCUCAGUUCCAAAAGGUCCUUUAGGCAGCAAGACUCAAAUGGUGAAAGGCCCUGAGGAGAAGUCAAAGACACACGAACUGCAGAAGAGGGCAAGUUUUGCACACAGUGGCAGACACAACAAAAUGAUGUUCGGCCAAGGGGAGACAGAGGCGGGGAAGAUGCCCAGUCGCGGCCCGGGCUUCAUGGCCUUUGGAACGAGACUGCUCCGUCGAUUCACCGCACCUGAGUUUAUGAGGAUGGUCAUAGACUGUUCCUCAGGCUCCUCAAACGGCAGAGGACGGAUGUCACGCUCCGAGACCUUCCCUUUCUCCCACACACACCGGCAGGUCAACAGUCAGCCGAGCGUGGAUAGCAUCAGUGGAGUUAAAUGUGAGUUUGAAAGCUGCUCGUCUCAGUCGGCCCUCGAUUAGGAGGACAGAAAGGAGGUCAAACGAUGGAAAUGACGUAGUAACACUUUUACAGCACUUGCAAUGCAGAUCAGUUACUUGCUGGAAAAUUCUAUAUGCGACAAAUAUAAUAAUCACAAUCUGAUGUCUUGUUUUUUUUUUUUGGAUUUGAUUUUAGUUUUGCUGUGAUCAUAAUGGAAACUGCAAGAGUUGAUCUAUAUGUACAUUCACCAGCUACCUGAUUAGGAACACCCGAACAAUAUAAUGAGAGCCAGCGAAAGAUUAAGAUACAAAGAUUCAAUGUUCCAUUUGAUUGACAUCAUCUUUUUUGCUUUAGUUAUUGUGCCGACCUUAACUGGUUACUGGAGAGGUAAUAAUAACAGAAAUAUCUUUCCACGUACUAAAGCAGUGCGGUUCUACACCACUGCAACUAGAUUUAUUAUUAUUUUUUUUUUAUUAUACUACCUUCAUUCGAAUUUGCAAGUAUACCUAAUAUUAUGGCCGAUGAGCGGAUUCUUAAAGUCGUUGGUGAAUUUUCACUUAUGGAUGAAAUAUGAUGAUUAUUUAUAUUGUAAAAAAAUAUAUAUAUAUAUAUAUUUGAUCUGCUUCUGCAUUUCUAAGAACUCUGGAUUUUUGCCUAAUUAUAUUCUGUGACAGUGUGCUGUAUGAUUCACGCUGAAUAAA